AUGAGGAAUCUCAUCUCUCUCACGUCCUUUAACGUUCUCCUCCAUGUUCUUCUUCUUACCAUCCUCUCAUCACUGAACUCAUGCUCAGGCAUACUAGACAAGAAGGACGCCAAUCUGAUAGACAGUACCUGCAAGCACACACCCUAUUACCAGCUCUGCGUCUCAACGUUGAGAUCAAACCCUAAAAGCUCCACCGCCGACGUUACCGGUCUUGGCCUCAUCAUAGUCGGUGUCGUAAAAUCGAAAUCAACCCAGGCGCUUAGCAGCAUCAACAUGUUUUUGCGCUCGAAGCCGGAGUUGAAAAUUCCGUUGAAAAAUUGCGCCGAAUCGUACAAAGUAGUUCUCACCGCUGAUUUGCCUGAAGCUGUUGAGGCAUUGACGAAAGGUGAUCCUAAGUUUGCUGAAGAUGGGAUGAAUGACGCUGCCAGGGAGGCCCAAUCAUGUGAGAGCGGCUUUAGUUUGAAGAAAUCGCCACUGACUGGUUUGAACGGAGCUGUGCAUGAUCUCUCUGUUGUGGCUGCGUCCAUAGCAAGGAUGCUUUUGUGAGGACUGGAUUCCUCUCUCUUUCCCUAUUCCCCCGCUUGUUUCUGUCUCUUUCCAAACAAGGGCAAGAAGACCUAAUAUGUAAUAGAUUAAAUAUUUUAAUUAGGUUUAAAUAAGAUUUCUCUUUACUUUCUUAAUCAUGUAUCAGUUUGCUAUAGCCUAUAGACUUACAAGCUUAUUUGAUGGCAUUAGGCCUAGGGAAAAAAUAAAUGUUGG